AUGCCGAAAGUAGCAGUUCUCGGGGCAGCCGGCCAGAUCGGCUCGCCACUCAGUCUUCUGCUGAAGAUGAGUCCUUUAGUGACAGAGCUGUCUCUGUACGACAUUGUCCACGCUCCUGGAGUGGCUAUCGAUCUGAACCACAUCGACACCCCCUCAAAAGUCACCGGGUUCCUGCCCGACAACGACGGCUUGAAGAAAGCGCUUGCAGGAGCAGAUAUCGUUGUGAUCUCAGCUGGUAUUGCACGAAAGCCCGGAAUGACUCGCGAUGAUCUCUUUAAAGUGAACGCCGGCGUAAUCCAAAAUCUUGUGAUAGAAAUCGCGAAAACCUGCCCGAAUGCAUUCGUGCUCAUCAUUACCAACCCUGUAAACAGCACGCUCCCAAUUGCCGUUGAGACGCUGAAGAAACACAAUGUCUUCAACCCAGCGAAAGUAUUCGGUGUUACAACUCUCGAUGUUGUUCGUGCCUCAACUUUCGUUCAACAGGUACUAGAUCUCCCUGAUCCAAAGGCACUGAAAAUUCCAGUUGUGGGGGGUCACAGUGGGGCAACUAUAUUGCCGUUGCUUAGUCAAUGUGUCCCAGCUGUCAAGCUGACAGAAGAGAAGAGAGAUGCGGUGACUUAUAGAGUCCAAUUUGGCGGCGAUGAGAUUGUGCAGGCUAAGGCUGGAGCAGGGUCUGCAACCACUUGCAUGGCCUACGCUGGAUUUAGAUUUGUGAGCUCCAUAUUGAAGGCGAUGGGCAGCGAAAGUAAGGUGAUCGAAGAGACUUACUUGUAUCUUCCAGGCGUACCAGGCGGGAAGGAGAUUGCGGCAGAGCUAAGUGUGGAUUAUUUCGCGGUGCCUGUGGAAUUUGGGCGAGCUGGUGCUGUGAAGGCAUAUCCUCUUGGGCCGUUGUCAGGUUAUGAGACGAAGUUGCUGAAAGUCGCCGUGGAGGAACUGAAAAGAAACGUGAGCAAAGGCGUAUCGUUUGCGCUUGCAGGGUUGUAA